CUGAGGGCCUCAGGUCCUUGUGGAAAAAAAGUGCAAGAGCACAUUUUUGAUUCUUGGUUUGACUGGCGUGCAGCACCAAGCAUUAGAAAAUGAGUGAUGCUGAGAUGGAGAUAUUUGGGGUCGCUGCCCCAUACCUGCGCAAGUCAGAACGGGAGAGGAUCGCGGCCCAGAACAAACCUUUUGAUGCCAAAACAUCCUGCUUUGUGGCUGACCCUAAAGUUGAGUAUGUAAGGGGCAAAAUCAAAAGCCAAGAUGCAACUAAAGUGACAGUGGAGACAGAAGAUGGGAGGGCCGUCACGGUCAAGCCGGAUGAUGUUCGUCCCAUGAAUCCUCCAAAGUUUGAUAAGAUCGAGGACAUGGCCAUGCUGACCCACCUCCAUGAACCAGCUGUGCUGUUCAACCUGAAAGAGCGCUAUGAAGCCUGGAUGAUUUACACCUACUCUGGGCUGUUCUGUGUGACUGUAAACCCCUACAAGUGGCUCCCAGUCUACAACCCUGAGGUGAUAAAUGGAUACCGUGGAAAGAAACGUCAGGAGGUUCCUCCUCAUAUUUUCUCCAUCUCAGACAAUGCCUAUCAGUACAUGCUUACAGACCGAGAAAACCAGUCUAUCCUCAUCACUGGAGAAUCUGGUGCUGGGAAGACCGUGAACACUAAGCGUGUCAUCCAAUACUUUGCGACAAUCGCAUCUGUUGGAGACAAGAAAAAAGAGCAGGCGUCUGGAAAAAUGCAGGGCACCCUGGAAGAUCAAAUCAUCCAGGCCAACCCUCUGCUGGAGGCUUUUGGGAAUGCCAAGACUGUAAGGAAUGAUAAUUCCUCCCGCUUUGGUAAAUUCAUCAGAAUCCACUUUGGAACAAAGGGGAAGCUGGCCUCAGCUGAUAUUGAAACUUACCUUCUGGAGAAGUCCAGGGUGACGUUUCAGCUCCCUGCAGAGAGGAGCUACCACAUCUUUUAUCAGAUUCUGUCCAAUAGGAAGCCAGAUCUAAUUGAGAUGUUGCUGAUCACCACCAAUCCAUAUGACUACCCUUUCAUCAGUCAGGGGGAGAUCACAGUGCAAAGCAUUAAUGACACAGAAGAGCUCAUGGCAACUGACAAUGCCAUUGACAUCCUUGGCUUCAACUCUGAGGAGAAAGUUGGCAUCUACAAGCUGACUGGAGCAGUGAUGCAUCAUGGGAAUAUGAGGUUUAAGCAGAAGCAGCGUGAGGAGCAGGCCGAGCCUGACGGCACUGAGGUGGCUGACAAAGUCGCUUACCUGAUGGGCCUGAACUCUGCUGAUUUGCUGAAAGCUCUUUGCUACCCCAGAGUGAAGGUUGGAAAUGAGUAUGUCACCAAAGGACAGACUGUUCAACAGGUGAAUAAUUCAAUGGGCGCCCUGUCAAAAGCUGUAUAUGAGAAGUUGUUCCUAUGGAUGGUAAUCAGAAUAAAUCAACAGCUGGACACAAAAUUACCCAGGCAACACUUUAUUGGAGUGUUAGACAUAGCUGGGUUUGAGAUAUUUGAGAUGAACAGCCUCGAGCAGUUGUGCAUCAACUUCACCAAUGAGAAACUGCAACAGUUUUUCAACCAUCACAUGUUUGUGCUGGAACAAGAGGAGUACAAGAAAGAGGGAAUCGAAUGGGAGUUCAUAGACUUUGGAAUGGACCUGGCUGCCUGCAUUGAGCUUAUUGAGAAGCCAAUGGGCAUCUUCUCCAUACUUGAAGAAGAAUGUAUGUUUCCUAAGGCGACAGACAGUUCCUUCAAGAAUAAGCUUUAUGACCAACACCUGGGCAAGAACAGUAUUUUCCAGAAGCCCAAGCCUACUAAAGGCAGGACUGAAGCACACUUCUCCUUAGUUCACUAUGCUGGUACAGUGGAUUACAAUAUUGCUGGAUGGCUGGAGAAGAACAAAGACCCACUUAAUGACACAGUGGUUCAGCUGUAUCAGAAAGCUGCAGUAAAGCUGUUGUGCAACCUUUUUGCCACUUAUGCAUCAGCUGACGCUGAAACCAGUGGAAUCAAAAAGGGAGGAAAGAGGAAAGGCUCCUCUUUCCAAACUGUCUCUGCACUUUUCAGAGAAAAUCUCAACAAGCUAAUGGCUAACCUCAGGUCCACACAUCCUCAUUUCGUGCGUUGCAUCAUUCCAAAUGAGACCAAGAGACCAGGGGCUAUGGAUCAUCACCUUGUUCUCCACCAGCUGCGCUGUAAUGGAGUACUAGAGGGAAUCAGAAUCUGCAGAAAGGGCUUUCCCAGCAGAAUCCUGUACGGAGACUUUAAACAGAGGUACAGGAUCCUAAAUGCAAGUGCGAUUCCUGAAGGACAGUUCAUUGAUAGCAAAAAGGCAUCAGAAAAACUACUGUCAUCCAUCGAUGUGGACCAUGCACAAUAUAAAUUUGGAUACACUAAGGUGUUCUUUAAGGCUGGUCUGUUGGGUCUUCUGGAGGAGAUGAGAGAUGAACGGCUGGCAGUGCUAAUGACCCGCAUCCAAGCUGUCUCCAGGGGUUACGUUGCUAGACUUGAAUUCAAGGAGAUGACAAAGAAGAGGGAGUCCAUCUACAUAAUACAGUACAACAUCCGCUCAUUCAUGAAUGUCAAAAAUUGGCCGUGGAUGAGGCUUUUCUUCAAGAUGAAGCCACUCCUGCGUAGUGCUGAGGCAGAGAAGGAGAUGCAGACAAUGAAAGAGGAGUUUGCUAGAAUGAAGGAGGAAUUUGAGAAAUCAGAAGCCAGGAGGAAGGAGCUAGAGGAGAAAAUGGUCGUUCUUGUCCAAGAAAAGAACGACCUCUACCUUCAGAUACAAGCAGAACGUGAGAAUCUGUCCGAUGCAGAGGAGAGGUAUGAAGGUAUGAUAAAGAGUAAGAUCCACUUGGAGGCCAAAGUGAAGGAGUUCUCAGAGAGGAUAGAGGAGGAAGAGGAAAUCAAUGCAGAGAUUACAGCCAGGAAAAGGAAGCUAGAGGAUGAGUGCUCUGAGCUCAAAAAAGACAUUGAUGACCUGGAGCUCACCAUAGCCAAGGUGGAGAAGGAGAAGCAUGCCACAGAAAACAAGGUGAAGAACUUAACAGAGGAAGUCAGCACCCUGGAGGAAGCUCUUCUAAAGUGUUCUAAAGAAACUAAAGCCCUCCAAGAGGUUCAUCAGCAAACUCUAGAUGAUCUUCAAGCCGAGGAAGACAAAGUCAACACUCUAACCAAGAUUAAACUAAAGCUAGAACAACAAGUAGAUGAUCUUGAGGGGUCCCUGGAGCAGGAAAAGAAGUUGAGAGCAGAUCUGGACAGGGGCAAAAGAAAACUGGAGGGGGACUUGAAGCUUUCUCUGGAAAAUAUAAUGGACCUGGAGAAUGAGAGGCAGCAAAUGGAGGAACGGCUUAAGAAGAAAGACUUUGAAUUUAGCCAUCUGCAAAGUAAAAUAGAGGAUGAGCAAAUCCUAAGCACCCAGCUUCAAAAGAAGAUAAAGGAACUUCAGGCUCGAAUAGAAGAGCUUGAGGAGGAAGCUGAGGCUGAGCGUGCUGCCAGAGCUAAGGUGGAGAAGCAAAGAUCUGACCUCACCAGGGAACUUGAGGAGAUCAGUGAGCGGCUGGAAGAAGCUGGGGGAGCCACUGCAGCUCAGAUUGAGAUGAACAAGAAAAGGGAGGCUGAGUUCCAGAAGCUGCGGCGUGAUCUUGAAGAGUCCACCCUGCAGCAUGAGUCCAUCGCUGCCACUCUCCGCAAGAAACAAGCUGACAGUGUGGCUGAACUUGGGGAGCAGAUCGACAACCUACAGAGAGUGAAGCAGAAGCUAGAGAAAGAGAAAAGUGAGCUAAAGAUGGAGAUCGAUGACUUGGCUAGCAAUAUGGAGAGUGUUUUAAAAGUGAAGGCUUCCUUUGAGAAGCAGUGCCGCAAUCUUGAGGACCAGAAUCAUGAAUACAAAACAAAAGCAGAAGAGGCCACAAGGGCCCUAAAUGACUACACUACCCACAGUGCACGGCUGCAAACUGAAAAUGGUGAGCUCACUCGUCAUCUUGAAGAAAAAGAAAUGACUAUUUCUCAACUUAAUAGAGUGAAAAUGGUAGGUACUCAACAAAUUGAAGAACUGAAGAGACUUCUGGAAGAGGAAAUUAAGGCCAAGAAUGCCCUGGCCCAUUCUCUGCAGUCAGCUCGUCAUGACUGUGAUUUGCUGAGGGAGCAGUUUGAGGAAGAGCAAGAGACCAAGGCUGAACUGCAGCGUGGAAUGUCCAAGGCCAACAGCGAGGUGGCUCAGUGGAGAACCAAAUAUGAGACCGAUGCCAUCCAGCGCACUGAGGAACUUGAGGAGGCCAAGAAGAGACUUGCUCAGCGCCUUCAGGACUCUGAAGAGCUAAUAGAAGCUGUGAAUGCAAAAUGUGCCUCUCUGGAGAAGACCAAACAGAGACUCCAAGCAGAGGUGGAAGACCUUAUGGUGGAAAUAGAGAGGGCUAAUGCUGCCAAUGCAACUUUAGACAAGAAGCAGAGGAACUUUGAUAAAGUUCUCACAGAAUGGAAACAGAAAUAUGAGGAGAGUCAAUCAGAACUUGAGGGCUCACAAAGGGAGUCCAGGUCUCUGAGCACCGAACUUUUCAAACUUAAAAACUCGUAUGAAGAAGCUUUGGAUCACCUGGAGAACAUGAAAAGAGAGAACAAGAACAUUCAGCAGGAAGUCACAGAUCUUUCUGAACAGCUAGGGCAAUCUGCAAAGACUAUCCAUGAGCUUGAAAAAGCAGUUAAACAAGCUGAGCAGGACAAAAUGGAUGUUCAGACUGCUCUAGAGGAGGCGGAGUCCUCUCUUGAGCAUGAGGAGGCAAAGAUCCUUCACAUUCAGCUGGAGCUCAACCAGGUGAAGUCAGAAGUAGACAGAAAAGUGGCUGAGAAAGAUGAAGAGAUUGACCAAUUGAAGAGGAACCACCAGAGAACGGUGGACAUGCUCCAGAGUACCUUGGACUCAGAGACCCGCAGCAGGAAUGAAGCCAUGCGUCUGAAGAAAAAGAUGGAUGGAGACCUAAAUGAGAUGGAGAUCCAGCUAGGCCAUGCCAAUCGCCAAGCAGCUGAGGCCAGCAAGCAGCUCCGCAACGUGCAGACUCAGCUCAAGGACACUCAGGUGCAUCUGGAUAAUGCCCUCCAUGGGCAAGAGGACCUGAGGGAGCAACUGGCCAUGACUGAGCGCAGGAACACUUUGCUGACAGCUGAGAUUGAAGAGAUGAGAGCGGCACUGGAGCAGUCUGAGAGAGGCAGGAAGAUGGCAGAGCAGGAGCUGGUGGACAUGAGCGAGCGGACGCAGCUUCUUCACGCUCAGACAACAAGUCUAAUCAGCACAAAGAAAAAGAUGGAGUCAGACAUCACAAACCUGCAGGCCGAGGUUGAAGACACAAUUCAGGUGGCGAGGAAUGCAGACGAAAAAGCCAAGAAGGCUAUUACAGAUGCUGCCAUGAUGGCAGAGGAGCUAAAGAAGGAGCAGGACACCAGCGCUCAUCUGGAAAGGAUGAAGAAGAACCUGGAGGCCACAGUCAAAGACCUACAGCAACGUCUGGAUGAAGCUGAACAAAUUGCUAUGAAAGGCGGAAAGAAAGAGCUUCAAAAACUAGAGACAAGAGUCAGAGAGCUGGAGAAUGAGCUGGAGGCAGAACAGAAACGUGGUGCAGAAACCAUGAAAGGAGUAAGGAAAUAUGAAAGGAAAAUCAAGGAGCUUACAUACCAGUCUGAGGAGGACAAGAAGAAUGUAACCAGACUGCAAGAUUUAGUGAACAAGCUGCAACUUAAAGUAAAGACUUACAAGCGACAGUGUGAAGAGGCGGAGGAGCAAACAAAUGUCCACAUGGCUAAGUUCAGGAAACUGCAGCAUGAGCUGGAGGAGGCAGAGGAGAGAGCUGACAUAGCAGAGUCUCAGGUCAACAAGCUAAGAGUGAAGAGCCGAGAGAUUGGUGGAAAAGGAGAGUAGCUAAAUUGUGUGUCAUAGUGAUCUUCAGCAAGCAUGGACUUUUCUUAUAAAGUAACAAUUUAUAAGAAUUCGUACAUUUAUGAUAUUACCUCUAAAGCACUUACACUACAGUGCGAUUGUUUGGAAUCACUUCUCACAAGUUAUUUGCCUGAAGAUUUAACUGCUUAGGAAAUAUGAGACCUUCUGAAUAUUUAUUUUAUUAUAAUUUGGUUCUUGAUGGCAUACACAUUCUGAAUCAUCUGAGAAUCUUUUAGCGCUCUGUUCAUCAUAGUGGACCCAUUUACUCUUUUUUCAGUGUAUUAGAACAAUUUUGUACAUUUAUCUGCAAUGUCCAAAGAAAAUACAGUAGAAUUUCAUGUAUGUUUUAAAAUGUCCUGGCUGUUGAAUUUACUAAAGGAAUUUAUCUAAAUGCAACUCAUUGUCACUGUUUCAUAGUUUAGGAAUGCAGUGCAUCAUGUACAAAGACUUCUUGUAUGUUUUGUGUGCUACAGUUUUAUAAACCUUUAAAGUAUGCUUCUCUUAUUACUGCGUUUUUACAAUACAAGAACACAGCUGUGUACCUGUUUAAUAACUGGGGUAAAUGUACAUGAAGCUACCUCAGAGAUAUAUGGGCAAAUUCAACGUUUCAACGCUCCUGAUCAAAUUAUAUGUUGUGCUCUCUUUCUUUUCUUUAGGA